AUGGGCGACCCACCUCUGGACGCAGCUCAGGUUCGGUCCGUCCUUCGCUGGAGACGAGAACAGCAUGGCGAUUGCACUGCUACAUUUCGUGCCAGCGAAUCGGAUUUUACCGAGGAAGCCGAAAGAUGGGCCAAUGUGGACAGCAAGCCUAUCUAUCUUGCACGGUGGACACUCAACAUUUUCUGUUGGGCAGCGGUUCUCACGCCAUUCAUGCUUGAGCUGGUGCGACUGAAGCAGACCGCCCGAUUGGACGGCAUAUUUACAGCAGCAGAUUGGACUUUCAAAGUGGACGUCAUGAACUACAGCGAGGAACGUCUCACAAAUUCCUGGCAUGGGCCGGAUCCUGCGUCGUCCGGCGCAAGCUUCACAAGAACUGGCGAGAGCUACACCAUGGAUGUCGCCGCAGAGGUGACUGCUGCCUUAGAGGCAGACUUGGAUCAGAUGAUGAAGGUGAAGCCUGAAGAGGAGGAAGAGGAGAGGGCAAGAGAAGACGAG